AUGCUUUACUCAUUCUUGACCGCUCUCGCCUUUGCGGCCUCGGCCCUGGCGCAGAAUCCCACGGAUGGCUUCAACCCAAUCACCAAGCCUGCUCAGGGCGAGAAGGUCCCAACCGGAUCGACAUAUCAGAUCGUCUGGCAGCCGAGCACCGAGUACCCGGGAGAGAUCACGAUCGGCCUGCUUGGUGGAGCCACUCCUAGCACCCUGAGUGUCGUUGACACUAUCGCCGUGGGUGUUGAGAGCAGCACCGGAUCCUACAGCUGGCAGGUGGAUGAGACGCUGGGUGACCUGGCCACCUAUGGUAUCAUGAUCACCCUGGACUCCAACAACAAGAUCUUCCAGUACGGCUUUCCCUUCCACAUCGUCAAGGGUGCCAAGGAAUCUUCCACGACCGUCUCGAGCUCGGCUACCAGCUCGGCCACUGGUUCAGCCACUGGCAAGGAGACCACCGUCUCCGCCAUCAUCACCGCCACCGAGACUGUCAGCUGCAGCGAGACUUCCGUGAUCGAGACCAAGACCUCCACUAGCACCAGUCUCAGCAGCGCCAUCUUCGUCAACUCCACCAGCACCAGCACCACCGUCGCCGCCCCGUCCUCGACCGGCGUCAACGGCACCACCCUCAGCCCGAGUAACACCGGUGGCUCCGGCCCCGUGACCGUUACUAGCUUGGUCACGAGCAAGACUGCUGUCCCCAUUCCCCCGACCACGACCUCCUCCAUUGUGACCGCCGGCGCUGCCUCGCUCGGCGCCAGCUCGCUUGCCCUGCUUGGUGUUGUCGGCGUGGCUGUCCUCGCCCUCUAA